UGCCACUGGGCACGGGCGGGGGAGGUCACUCCGGAGUCGCCUUCGCCGCCUGCCUUGCUCUGCUUGUGAGAGGAGUCUCCCCCCCGCAUCAACAUCUGGUUCCUUUCAGGACCCCCCCCUCCCCUCACACACGCGCUGUCCCGCCCCUUGGGGUGACAGUGCGGAGCACCCAGGGGGCGCGUGAGGAGAACCCUAACAGCUCGCGCGGGACAGCCCCCACUCUUUUGUUUUUUGGGGUAUUUUUUUGGGGGGGGGGAGGGAGGCGCUGCACGAGACCCCCGCGGCCCCUGCGGGGGCAGCAGCGCGCGACAGGGGAGGGGGGGGGUCCGCGGCGGCUGUCAACGGUCACUGGCCCGGGCCGUGGUGAGGGGGGGGCCGGCGGCGGCCCGAGGCCCCCCUGAGGGGAGGGAGGGGUGCAGACCUGCCCCUCUCUCUGCAGGGGGGGGGCGGGGGAGGAAGAGCCACUGCUGGGGCCGCCGGCAGAGUCCCCCCCUCCCGCCUGGCCGGGCGGGGCGGGCUCCGGAGCCGAGAUGUCUCAGGAGCGGCCCAAGUUCUACCGGCAGGAGCUGAACAAGACGGUCUGGGAGGUGCCCGAGCGCUACCAGAACCUGUCCCCGGUGGGCUCCGGGGCCUACGGCUCCGUCUGCUCUGCCUUUGACAGAAAAACUGGGCUGCGAGUGGCUGUGAAGAAGCUGUCCAGACCAUUUCAGUCCAUCAUCCACGCCAAAAGGACCUACAGAGAACUACGGCUACUUAAACAUAUGAAACAUGAAAAUGUGAUUGGUCUGUUGGAUGUGUUCACACCUGCUAAGUCACUGGAAGAAUUCAAUGAUGUGUACCUGGUGACCCACCUCAUGGGGGCUGAUCUGAACAAUAUUGUGAAAUGCCAGAAGCUCACAGAUGACCAUGUACAGUUUCUUAUAUACCAAAUCCUUCGGGGUCUGAAGUACAUCCAUUCGGCUGACAUAAUACACAGAGACUUAAAACCUAGUAACCUAGCUGUAAAUGAAGACUGUGAGCUGAAGAUUCUGGAUUUUGGUUUGGCCCGGCACACGGAUGAUGAGAUGACUGGGUAUGUGGCUACCAGGUGGUACAGGGCUCCUGAGAUCAUGCUGAACUGGAUGCAUUACAACCAGACAGUUGAUAUUUGGUCAGUGGGGUGCAUUAUGGCUGAGCUGUUGACUGGAAGAACAUUGUUUCCUGGAUCAUUGGGACUUGAGUCCUCGGAGAGCCUGUGGCGAUCCCUUUUGAGGUUUGCAUGCUCUGCUUUCCCUUUCCAUACACUACUUUUCUUCAUUUUCCUUUAUGGUUCACCAUUAGAUAUUGAUCAGUUGAAGCUCAUUUUGAGACUCGUUGGAACCCCAGGGCCUGAGCUUUUGAAGAAAAUCUCCUCAGAGUCUGCAAGAAACUACAUCCAGUCUUUGUCCUACAUGCCAAAGAUGAACUUUGAAAAUGUGUUUAUUGGUGCCAAUCCACUGGCUGUGGACUUGCUGGAGAAGAUGCUGGUGCUGGACACAGACAAGCGAAUUACUGCAGCUGAGGCACUGGCCCAUGGCUACUUCUCUCAGUACCAUGACCCAGAUGAUGAACCAGUGGCAGACCCCUAUGACCAGUCCUUUGAAAGCAGAGAACUUGAGAUUGAGGAAUGGAAAAGUCUGACUUAUGAUGAAGUAGUCAGCUUUGUGCCUCCGCCGCUUGACCCAGAGGAGAUGGAAUCCUGAGAAACUGCUUCUCUUCUGUUUGUCCCACUUCACUGUGAGGGGAAGGCCUUUUCAUAGGGACUCUCCAAAUAUCAUUCAAGUGCCUCUUGACACAAAGAUAUUCUCCUUGGUGGAGGGGUUUUGUGUGUGUGUUUGUGUGUGUGUGUGUGUGUGUAUUGAAUGGGGGGGAGGGAGGAAGGCUGACUGUAUGUAAACAUGCUGCAUGCUACCGUGUAUUCUGUGUACAGCUAAGGACAAGCCUCUGAAGACCUAUUUGUGACUCUUUUUUUUUUUUUUUUUUUUUUUAAAUUUUUUUAGCCCUUCCAGAGUAAUAGACAGCAACCAAUCUGCACUGCUGCUGGGGCAAGGCAGACAUAAUGCGGGGAAGCUCAGUUAAUUCUCAGUCACAUUUGUUGCCAUUAAAAUGGUCCUCCUCUGAGGAAGUGACUUUAUAGAUAAUGGAAGGUAGCUGUAUACUUGAACGGAGCCCCUUGCUUUCUGCAGCAACAGAUUUGGGGUGAUGUCUUUUCUAUUUCAUGUUAGAUGGCUGAUCUACAUCCAAAGCCUCUUUCCAGUAUUGUGUACCAGCAGAAAGUAUGAAUAUCUCUGUUUAAUUCUUGAAACAUGAGAAGGAUUUGUUUGAAAAAUGUAAAUAUGUUUUGUGCCUUAAAUGAAUGGGAAAAGAGUGAAAGUGAGUUUGGAGUUAACAUUCUUGAAUGGAAUUCUGAGCCCACUGCUUUCUGUGGGCUGCAGGUAGCCAGGCAUGAACACUAUAACCAGGAAGUUUACUGUCCAAGGCAACAGACUGUGUGCCCUUCGAUUGGGAAUCACCAUAUUUCUCCUCCUUCUAUUUCUCUCAUUCUGAGGCUUCCCAGCAUUAGCUCCCAAUAGACACAGGCCAAAGCUGGAGAUGAUUCAUGCUGUGUCUGUGUGCUUGUGUACUUUAUUCCUAACAAGAUGGGGUGGGGUUUGUUUGUUUUUUUUUUGCAUGUUGUAGCUGUAUGUGCAUGUAGACCUACUUUUGUUGCACUAUCUUGACGGAGGGCACUGGAGCAGUAAGUCUGCCAGUGAAAUACUGUACUGAGUUCCUCUGCUGUAGGAAAAUCACAGCAUCCUCCCUCUUGUAGCACAACUCGUUGUGAACAUAUCUGCCAUUCUGGGAGCUUUGAUAAAAUAUAUGGGACAGAUAAACAUGCACCUCUUUCUUUUUUCUGGGUUCAAAAGAUUUGGAUUUAUAGGGUAAAGGAUAAAUAAAGUCCUUCAGAGGAGCAGCUAAACAUGAGAGAAUUUAAUUGUCCAAACUUAGGUGUUAUUUUGCCCCCCAAAAGAAGUUUCUUAGAAAUGCUGGAGUCCAAAACAAAGAAUAAGCAUGCGUGAAGUCAGAACCUCCCUUUCACUGUCUGUAUCUGUGUGGGUGUGUAAUUAACACUUUAAUAAGGUGAUUUUAUUUUUACCCUCCUGGGAAAGAGCUUUUUGGCUAUUUUAGUGGGUUGGUCUCUGCCUGAGGAAACAGGAAAAGGGAGUAUGUUUAAAGACAAAGUUGGUUAGACUAUUUUAUAUUUUACAGGGAUCCUGUGUGAAUGAAAUGGCCAUGUUUAGGGACUGGGGGGAGGAAAGUGUCUUUCAGUAUUUUGUAUACUGCAGCUGUCCUGGGUGGCUCAGAGGCCCCCUUUUUUUUUUUUUGGGAUAUACGGGAAAAGGCAUUUUCAUAAGUUCAUGUAUUGCAGGCAUCUCCUGUGUGGGAGAAGCCGGGCUUUUGCAGUAUUUUGUAUCCUGAUGGAUCUUUGAUAUAGGAGUUGAGAGCGGCUGUUUUAAUGUAUUUAUUCCUAUGCAUAAAGAGGCAGCACAAAUGGGUGGGAGGUGGAUGAUAAAGCCAUCAGUUUUUCCAGAACACUUUCCAGUGAUCUCUCUUCAGGUCAAACCCUAUUAGAGAAGCUUGGGAUAGGGUGGAGAGAGCAAUUCUUUCAUGCCUUGGGUACAGAACUCUCCCCCUGACCAAAUGAAAUUGACAAUAGAAAACCUUCUUCUUUCCUGGAUCUGCAGUCCAGGUAUUUAAAUGGAAAUCUGUAAACCUACAGCAAGACUAUUUUUAUCAGCCAUGUUAUGUGUAGACGCUACAGUGUGAUUUCAUGCAGAAAUAUCGCUAAAGAUUUUUUUAAAAUAUAGACAUUGCAUGUAUGAGUGGGAAUCUUUCGAAGUCCAGACUCUAAUGGGAGCUCACGUGGCACGCACUCCCUGUUUUCAGAGCGGUGCUGUUCUUCUGCCUGAAUUCUGAACAGAAGUACACACUUCAAAAAAGAAAUUCUGCUAUUUUGUUUGUAUCCAUGAACUUUGCUGUAAUCAGUUAUGUCAUAUAGGAGGUCACACAAUACCACUGGUUUAAAAUAAAACUUAUUUUUCAGA